AUCGCAGGUCAUCACCGCACCACACGACUGCCAUCCAUUUCAACUCAUCAUGAGUAUUUACACUUACAUCGGUGUGCCGCUGUCCUUCCUGAGUGGGAUUUGGAUCCCAUGCACUUUGCUUUGUUGCAUACCGUGGGUGCAGAAACAGAUGCUCUACCUGCACAGCAUAACGUUUUCCCCCGGAAAGUGGUUAACCGAACCUGAACGGGCAGGCUUCUUGAAGAAUCAAGUCACGCCCUUCCGCAUCGCAACCGAGGAUGGCGAGAGUCUCUUCGCAUGGCUCGUCGCGCCUCUCGGCAUCUAUGCCAGACACGCCGACGACUUCAUUCAAGAGCCGUCCGGGGUCGAAGAUAUCGAAGAGAAGCUUGCGUUUAGGAUUUUGAAAAACGACCCAGACGCCAGGCUGCUAAUCUACUUCCAUGGCAACAGCGCCACUAUUGCGCAACAGAGGCGAACCGAGGAGUAUCGCUCGUUUUCUUCUGGAGCGUCAGAGAAGAUCUUUAUUUUAGCCUUCGACUAUCGUGGUUUCGGUGCUUCGACAGGUACUCCGUCGGAGCUCGGACUUCUGAACGAUGCUGCGGCUGUCGUCGAUUGGGCACUGAAUAGAUGCAGGAUACCGCCAGAUCGCAUUGUACUUCUAGGCCACUCGCUGGGGACAGCUGUUGUCGCUGGAGUCGCCCAUCAUUACUCUAAGCUAGGCGUAGCGUUCGCCGGCCUGAUCUUGUGCGCUGCUUUUACCAAUGCUGGCAGCGCUUUCUCCUCAUAUUCGAUUGGCGGUCUCAUCCCGGUGCUCGCACCUGUCAAGCUGUCUGCUACUUUCCAAACGUGGUUCAGUCGAAGAAUGGAGGACACAUGGCGUACAGACGAUCGCCUGGGUCAUCUCACGCGCACAUGCUCACGACUUCGAUUAGUGCUAGUGCACGCUGAGGAUGACCAAACGAUGCCCUGGAACCAGACCGAGGAGCUGUUCAAAUCCACCUUGAAAGCUGCGAGUGAGAAUGGCCUCAACGACGAAGCCGGAGCGAUCAACGGUCCCGAGGUCCGUGAUCUAGGCGAAGCAGGCAGACAAGAGAUUUGGCAAAAUGGAUCAUGCUCCAUCUCAAAAACGAUUGCGAAGCACGGCGAUCACAACCAAAUCAUGACCUGGUCGCCGGUCGCUCUUGCUAUUCUCCAAGUUUUCGGCCUCGCAGCCUCCACAGCGCGCUUGUAGCGUCGUAGUCUCAUAGCUUGGUACGCAAAUGCCACACCGAAACAAGAGGGCCAACAAUGGGGCUCAUGUGCGUCACUUUACUCCACGCUCCGUGGAGCCGCAUGACGCCGAAAGCGUCCGUAGGGAGCCGGAAAGGAUACAAAGGCCAGCACACGCUACACCAGUACUGUCUUACUUUGUGCUUCACGGUUUCU